AUGGAGAGCCUAGUAGCAGCAGUCACACGCAAUGGCUGGCAGAGAACCUCUGAACCUGUAUGCUAUCCAGAGAGGUCUAAGGGGAAGUGGCGGCUACGGCUCAUGUUCACAAGCCGGAAAGGAGACAGGGCAACGAAGAAGUACGGCCCCUUGUGCAACACAGAGCAGGAAGCGCUUUGUGGCAGCCUUGCCUUCAGGUACAGCUGGGAGGGCAGCCAACGUGGUCAGCCCUGCGAGGUCAGCAAGGAGAAUCUAGUCCCACCUGUUGCAGCGGGCAAGGAUGGGUACUGGGGCUACGACCAGUUCGAAGAACAGGUCGAAGACGUGAUGGACGUCUUGGAGCACAUCGAUCCCGACAUGCAAAUAGUGUUCGAGGUCGACCACUCGUCGGGCCAUGGGAAGCAGCGAGAGGAUGGUUUGCAUGUAUCGAACAUGAACGUCAAGUAUGGGGGGAAGCAAAAGGUGUUGCGGGAUUCGGUCAUGACGGAGGAGUGCUUGGGUCCGGAGGAGGCGAAAAUGUAUUUCGCCAACGGCAGGUGGAGCACGAAGUUCAGCGAGGGGGCAGUGUGUGUUGACCAGAAGCUGACGGUGGGCCAGACUCAGACUAGCACUUUCGCGGUAGGUGCGCCUCCUCCGUUUUUCGAAUGGGAUGCUCCGCGCAAAGACAAGAAGAACGCGAAGGGGAAGGUCAAGGAAGGGUACGAGGGGAAAGCGAAAGGGGUCAGGCAGUACCUGUGGGAGCGUGGGUGGUGGAAGGACGGCAUGUCAACAGGGGCGGGAGUCAGUGACGAUAUGCACGUGGAAAAGGUUCUGCAAGCCUUGCCUGACUUUAAGAAUGAGAGGACAGCCCUGCAGCACCUGGUAGAGAGUAGGGGACACAUUCUUUUGUCGUCUCCGAAGUGUCACCCGGAGGUAGCGGGGGUAGGGAUCGAGUACUCGUGGGGGUUCUCCAAGCAGAAGUUUCGGCGGAAGAUCAAUGAUGAGGUCCCGAAGCACUUGCACGACAACAUCGAAAAUCGCUGUGCAUAGACAAGUACUUGACAAUCGGUCGGGUGCGGCGCUUUGCCCGGCGAACACGAGACUACUGCCGGGCUUACCGCGAGAUUGCGCUUCGCGGGGUAGUCAUCAGGAACAAGGAGUUCAUCGAGAAGAUGCGCAAGAUCCAAAAGGCCCACCGCAACAUUUUGGACAUGGAAACUAGUUUUCUUGGCGACCAGUAACAACGUCGGCCGGCCGAUGGCGAGGGGGGAGGGUCUCGAGUUGUGUGUGCAUGUUUUGUUUUAUGCUGUGAGAGAAGCGGGUGUUGUGUGAGCUGUGUGUUGUCGUUGUAGAUUGUAGUCGGCGGCAUGUACUUGUACAUUGGAUUCGUUUCUGCGUAAACGGGUGUGGUGGGUGUGUGUGUUAAAUGAGUCGGUUUCAAGCUGUAGUUUGCAUCAUUUUUUUCUGUAAGGUUAACCGGUGCGAAAAGUUGUGUGUGUGUGUUGAUGAGUCUGUCAGUUUGAAUGUUGUUUUUAGAUAAGCGGGUGUUUUUUAACAGCUGUCAAUCAACGAACGAAGUGUUUUUUAUGUACAAAGAAACGUCAACUUUUGUGCGAUUUGUGCAAAACAUUUGUCAUGCGUUUUUGGAGCGCUUACCUUCAGAUUACAACCUCUUGCAUGUAUGUGUGUCACGUCAUUACGAUCGAUAAGCACCCACACCUACCUGUCCAACCAAAGGGGUACAGUCAGCAUCUGUGCGCCUCGUGCCAUCAGGCCGCUUUCGCGCCCCUUUUCUCGGGCUGUCAGGCCUUCAUUUUCCUACACAAUUUCCGCCCCUGCACCCAGGUAUCGAGGUCAUGACGCAAUUGCUAUUUCCGAGCCGGUUUUUACGAAUUGGAACCUGAAAUUUUGAUAUGUGAUUAGGAGUGGUCUUACAAAUGCGCCCGAGUGAGAUGCCGUUUUUUUUGUUUUAAGCCACAAAAACCCCUAUGCUAGGAUU